AUGGACCCGGUGGGCCGAGGGAAGUUACUCCGGCAUUUUUGUGCCUGUACUCAUGAAGCGUUUCUUGGGUCUCCACAGGACUUUGGUGCGGGGCUGGCGGUCGUCCCCCUGGUGGGCUUUCUGGAGAGCAUCGCCAUCGCCAAGGCUUUCGCUGCCCAGAACGGAUACAGAGUCGACCCGAACCAGGAGCUGGUGGCCAUCGGUACAACAAACAUCCUGGGCUCCUUCCUCUCCUCCUACCCGGUGACCGGGAGUUUUGGGAGGACGGCGGUGAACUCCCAGACAGGGGUGUGCAGCCCUGCUGGCGGCCUGGUCACUGGGCUGGUGGUGCUGCUGUCGCUGGCGUUCCUCACUCCGCUCUUCUUCUACGUCCCCAAAGCAGCGUUGGCCGCCGUCAUCAUCUGCGCCGUCUCCUCCGUCAUCGAUGUUCGCAUCCUCCCCGCACUCUGGAGAGUCAGCAAGCUGGACUUGCUGCCAUUCCUGGCGUCGUUCCUGGGCUGCUUUUGGGAGAUCCAGUAUGGAAUUCUAGCGGGAAUCGCCUUGUCUGGGAUCAUUCUGCUCUACAACAUUGCCAGACCAGAGGCUAAGGUGACUGACAGUGGCUAUGUGGUGGUACAGUUACAGAGCGGCUUCAGCUUCCCAGCUGCAGAAUACGUGCGGGACCAGCUCGGCAGCUGGGCUCUGGAAGCCUCCCCUCCUCGCUCGGCCGUCCUGGACUGUGUCCACAUCAGCACCGUCGACUACACCUCCGUCAUCUGCCUCCGGGAGCUGAGCGCCACCUUCCAGCGGCACAACCUGGCCCUGAUCCUCAUCAACCUCAAGCCCAAGAUUCUGUCGAUCCUGACAGCGGCGGAGAUCGAAGGGCUGCGAUACUGCAGCACAAUGGAGACCGCCGGCCAAUACCUCCGAGCCACAGAGAGUGAUCAGGAUGAAUGUGAGAAACCUCUGAGCCGGUCCUGGUCCUGAUGCGAGGGUUUGUAACGGAUCAAGUUCACACCAUGGAGCUGGUCGGCUACAUCAAUGUGCACAAUGUCGCCAUCUUGUGGCUACGAAUCGGGCAUCACUGGCACUUGUCGCAUUACAUCCCCUCUCGACGUCAUCCAAGGACCCAAUCGGUCAUUCCAGGUGAGGCAGAGGUUCACCUGCACAUCCUCCAACCUCAUCUACUGUAUCCGCUGUUCCAGGUGACAACUGCUCUACAUCGGCGAGACCAAGCGUAGGCUCGGCGAUCGAUUCG